AUGCCAGAUUACAGGCAAGAAGAGCAGCCCUUAAAGCCUCGCCCUUUGCUACCGCUACGGAGUGAAGGGGAUUUUGCUCAGGCAGAUCCUGAGACUUCAUGGACUUUUCUCCCAGGUAAUACCCUGUACUGGUGCAAGGGUUGUGAGCUCUUCCCAGUACACAAGAAACGGGAGCUGUCAGAUCCAUCUUCUUUAACACGCACGCAAGAGGCCCAGCAGUCCUGGAGAGCCACCAUCGACGUACUGCAGAAUAGGGUAGCUCCCCGUGCUGCGAGGGAGUGGUCGGAUGGUGCCCAUUUUAACGUGGCUAUUAUCUUCUGCUUAGAUUCUCCAAGUAUUAUGGAUAUUUCAAUAACCUCGGAAGCAGAAGAGAAAAAACCAAACGUUAAUAACGUGCCAGACUAUAUCAGCGAUAUCCACACGUACCUUAGGGAAAUGGAGGUGAAAUGCAAGCCUAAAAUGGGUUACAUGAAGAAGCAACCUGAUAUCACAAACAACAUGCGGGCUAUUCUUGUGGACUGGCUGGUGGAAGUUGGAGAAGAAUACAAAUUACAGAACGAAACCCUGCACUUAGCUGUAAAUUACAUUGAUAGGUUUCUUUCGUCAAUGUCUGUUCUGAGAGGAAAACUUCAGCUUGUGGGUACUGCAGCUAUGCUGCUUGCAUCAAAGUUUGAAGAAAUCUACCCUCCUGAAGUAGCAGAGUUUGUCUACAUCACAGAUGACACCUAUACCAAGAAGCAGGUUCUAAGGAUGGAGCACUUAAUUCUGAAGGUUUUGUCGUUUGACUUGGCAGCUCCAACAAUCAACCAGUUCCUCACUCAGUACUUCCUACAUCAGCAGACAAAUGCUAAAGUGGAGAGCCUGUCAAUGUACCUUGGGGAGCUGAGUCUAAUUGAUGCUGAUCCUUACCUGAAAUACUUGCCGUCAGUUAUUGCUGCUGCAGCAUUUCAUCUAGCAGGCUAUACGAUCACUGGACAAACUUGGCCUGAAUCCCUGUGCAAAGUAACAGGCUACACCCUUGAAGACAUCAAGCCUUGCCUCGUGGACCUACACAAGACCUACCUCAAAGCAGCACAGCACACACAACAGUCCAUAAGGGAAAAGUACAAGAGUACAAAGUACCAUGGAGUAUCGCUUAUUGACCCACCAGAGACACUAAGCUUAUUGUAA